GUCUUGGUUUUCAGAGAUCCCCUUGUACUUUGUGGACUUGCAGGAUGACUUAGACGAUUAUGGAUAUCCAGUUAUGCCAGCACCAUUUGUUAAAAAGACUGUCUUUUCCCCUUUUAACUGUUUGGGGCCUUUGUCAAAUAUCAACUGCUCAUAUGUGGAUGGAUUUAUGUCUGGAUUCUCAAUUGUGUUCCAUUGGUCUAUGUAUCUGUUACUGUACCAGCACCAGGCUGUUUUGACUACUGCGGCGGUAUGAUAGGUUCCAAAAUCAGGAAAAGGCGCUUAUCUGUUAGCAAUGCCAAGAAGCAUUUAUGGGUGAAAUGAUUUGAUGGGUGAGGCCUGCUUUCAAAUACUGCACCGAACGAUCGACGAAGAAGCUGGCAGAGAUGGAUUGAUGGCAAAAGAAUGGUAGAACGUUGAAAAUCGUUGAAGCUGGUUGUUGGGGACGUACAGAUGGAUUUGAAGACUAUGGUCCAGACUGUGAUAGCAUGAGGGUGACUGCCUUCUUGGACGUGCCAGGCCAGGACAACCUGCCUCCACUCACUCGCCUGGAAAAGUAUGCUUUUAGUGACAACAUCUUCAACCGUCAGAUUAUUGCCAGAGGACUACUUGAUAUCUUCCGGGACUUCAGUAGCAAUGAAGAAGACUUUGUAACAGUAAUGGAGAUUGUGGUCAGAUUAUCAGAAGAUGCAGAACCUACAGUGCGGACUGAGCUGAUGGAACAGAUUCCUCCUGUUGCCAUGUUUUUACAAGAAAAUACAUCAAAUUUUCCCGUGGUGCUGUCCGAUUAUCUCAUACCUGUCGUAGUGAGGUACCUCACAGACCCAAACAAUCAGGUUAGAAAGUCCAGUCAGGAAGUGCUGCUGAUUCUUCUGGAACAGGAUCUAAUUUUCCAGCAUGACAUUGAGAACAAAGUGUGUCCGCUCCUGCUUCAUCUCUCUGCCGCAGACAGUAAUGACGAGUACAAGGCGGAAGCGGUGAACAUAAUCUGCAAAAUGGCUCCAAUGCUGAGCAAGAGCACAGUUGUACGCCUGCUGCUGCCUCGAUUCUGUGAGCUGUGUGGUGACAGGAAGCUCUUUCAAGUCCGGAAGGUGUGUGCUACAAAUUUUGGUGAUAUUUGUUGUGCCGUUGGACAAGAAGCCACUGAGAAGUUUUUGAUCCCAAAGUUUUUUGAGCUCUGCUCAGAUAAUGUUUGGGGGAUGCGAAAAGCUUGUGCGGAGUGCUUCAUGGCUGUGUCCUAUACCACGUCACCUGAGGUCCGGAGGGCCAGGCUCUCGCCGCUCUUUAUCAGGCUCAUCAGUGACCCCUGUCGAUGGGUGCGCCAGGCUGCCUUCCAGUCCCUGGGCCCCUUCAUUUCCACCUUUGCAAACCCCUCCCGGGCUGGCCUGUAUAUCCGAGAAGAUGGGAUCCUGAGCAUCCGACCCCCAGCCCAGGCCCGAGGCUCAAGUUCUCCUCCUCCAGGCAGCUGUGCUGACACCUCCUCAGCCUGUCUGUUACGCAGUGCUCAAGGUUUGCCUCCACCGAUUCCACCUAGUUCAAGGAAGCCUGUGCAGAGAGAGCCAGAUGUGCCGCUGGAAGGGACGUUCUUGGAAACCAGCCAUUCCCCGCAUGUCAGUCGCUCCCCUAACGGCCCAACAGAAGACCCAACGGAAGGCUGUGCCGUGGCUGUAGACAGGUUGCCCAGGCUUUCCCCCGGGCCCAGUGCCUUCUCCAAGCUCCCUGAUUUGAGCGAUCGCCCUGCCAACAGCCACCCUGGACCAGGUUCUUCAGCCUGCCCAGGCAGUCCCGAGGAUGUAUUCAGCAACUUGCUGUACUGGCAGACCCCUCUCCCUGACAUAAGCAAGGACUUGGAGCUGCUUCUGGGCAAGGCUGGGCAGCAGGAAGACAUCUGCUGUGGCUCCAAGACGGUGCCUAGCAGCUGUGUGCCCAGUAGUGAGAUUCAGAAAGUCCUUGAUAGCUUGCAGGAGGACAUGAUGAACGACCCAGACAUCCAAGCUCAAGUUCAGGUCUUAUCAGCCGCUCUGAGAGCCGCCCAGCUUGACUCCGAGAAUGCGUCAGAGAGCCAACCGACAGGAGAUCUAAAUGAAGUGCCCGCAGCAGACCCCCCCUCUGCCUCUGGAAAUCAGAUCGCGCUGUCUGCCUCCUCCUCCCCGGACACGCUUGCCGCGGCCAGGAUAUUACAAAGCACAGGUCCAGACAAAGAUCACGAUGGGACCAGCGACCCUCUGCAGGCUGAGCGGAGGCACAACCCAACCCCACAUGAAGAGAAUAAAUCUAAACUACAGCACGGUGGUUUUCCUGUCUCUCCCAUCGCCCAGGACAUCAUCCCUCAGCCCCUCCUUGACCAGUAUGUGUCCAUGACUGACCCAGCUCGUGCCCAGACCGUGGACACCGACAUAGCCAAGCAUUGUGCCUACAGCCUCCCAGGGGUGGCACUUGCCCUGGGCCGGCAGAACUGGCAUUGCCUGAAAGACACCUACGAAACGCUGGCUUCUGACGUGCAGUGGAAGGUGCGUCGGACCCUGGCCUUCUCCAUUCAUGAGCUGGCUGUGAUUCUCGGGGACCAGUUAACGGCAGCCGACUUGGUGCCCAUCUUCAAUGGAUUCUUAAAGGACCUGGAUGAAGUGCGCAUCGGGGUCCUUAAACACCUGUACGAUUUCCUAAAGUUGCUUCAUGCAGACAAGAGGAGAGAAUAUCUUUAUCAGCUUCAAGAAUUUGUAGUGACUGAUAACAACAGGAAUUGGAGGUUUCGAUAUGAACUAGCAGAACAGCUGAUACUGAUUUUGGAACUCUAUAACCCCCAGGAUGUUUAUGAUUACCUAACGCAUAUUGCUUUAAAGCUGUGUGCAGAUAAAGUUUCUGAAGUUCGGUGGAUCUCCUUCAGACUAGCCGUGGCGAUUCUGCACAAAUUCUACUCCCACAGCCAAAGUGCCUUGGGGUUAAAUUUCAUCAAUGAACUCAUCGUAAGGUUCCGGCACUGCCCUAAGUGGGUUGGAAGGCAAGCUUUCGCUUUCAUCUGUCAGGCGGCGGUGAGUGAGGAGUGUGUCCCUGUGGACCAAUUUGUUGAACACUUACUCCCCAGCCUCCUGAGCCUAGCAUCGGAUCCUGUGCCCAACGUACGGGUUUUGCUAGCCAAAGCCCUAAAGCAGACACUAUUGGAAAAGGCAUAUUUUAGAAAUGUAGGUAACCCUCAUCUUAAAGUCGUGGAAGAGACCGUCUUAGCUCUGCAGUCAGAUCGGGACCAAGACGUUUCCUUUUUUGCCACCCUCGAGCCAAAGCGGCGGAAUAUCAUAGACACCACUGUGCUAGAAAAACAGGAUUAGCUACUCUGGUCAACUGCAGUCUGGUCAUUUGUGCUGGACACGUUCGGCUUAGCGUAACUUGAAGGGAACUAAUGAUUGUAUCAUACCUGCUGAGAGAGAACGGAUUUCUUAAACUUUCCUGACAAGCACUCACAUGACCCUUUUUCCUCCGUCUGCAGCCUCAGGGGCUGACCCAGGGAUCCUGGGCCUAUUCUGGGCUCCCUCUCUCUGAAAGUCUCAUCUGGAAUGGCCUGGGAAAAGGUUACAGCACCAGGUGGCUCGGUGUGUGUGGGGAGCCAUAAGUUAUCAGAUGGUCUGCUAGCGAACGGCCUUUCUCCAUGACAUAAAGUUUUAUUUAAAGCCUUCCCCCUCAAUAAAGUAGUUUAUUAUAAGCUUUAAAGCCUUUCACAGACAUCCAUAUUCGGCUUCCCUAUAAAAUAUGGUUUAUGGUGUUAUCUUUUAUCUUUAACUGAAAUACCAUACAUAUGUAAAUAACGCUGCACAGGAAGAAAUAUAUUAAUGUAAUAUUAGCCCCCUAUCAGUAUCAGUGAACAGAACAAAUACAUCAUUUAAAUUUAUGCUCUACUUGGAGUUGCUGGAAAUUAUAGCCCAAUUUGUUUAUUUUGAAAAAUGCAAUAUUUUUUUUUAAAUCUACUACAGAGCGAUUUAUGGCAGUCCUUCUGAUACUGUGCUUUGAUUAUAAACUGUACUUGGGACUUCAAGCACGUUCCCUCUUCUCUCUUCUUCUACAGCAUAUGUAGGGGCUCUUGAUAGAGGCUUCCGCCAAAAGGCUUUUCCCUUUCAUAUGGAUACAUUGUAUGUCUGAGAGGGAAACUGAUGAAUGGAAAUGCAUGGGCACUGACUUUGCAUCUCCUGCUUCAGAAUCUUCACACAAACAGGAAGCCGCAGCUCCAUCAGUCCCUUACUUGUUCCACAAACACCAGUGGUCUGGGGUGUUAAAUUAUCAUACUCUUCAAAUUGACUUAAGUGCACGGAACUUAUUUUCUGCUUUUAAAUUUUAGACAAAGAGAAAGAUGCUCUAGAAUUUAAACAGGUUUGUCACUAAUUACUACUUCAAGAUUCUGUAAACAUGUGGUUGAUUUUUGCGUACAUGUGUGCUCAGAUUACUUGGCUUAUUUCUGUUUCCAUGUUCUCAGAGGUGGGGACAAGGGAGGAAAAAGAACAAGCCAUUUGGGGUUCACGAGCUAGCUGCAAAGGGCAUGGAAGCUAUUUGCAUUCUUCUCUUAGUUUUUUGUCCCCUUGUCUUUUAUUUCUUAUUUUUUGUUUUUAUAAUAUUUCUGAAGCUAUAUAUUGAACUUCCCGGAAAACAGGAUGUUAUCUCCCCUCCCCCAAAUUCCAUUGAGCUCAUUCUUUCUUUUAAAAGAAAGGAAGGAAUCUAUACUGUGCCAAAGAAAAUAAGGUCCCUGGGUGAGAAUUUCAAAUUGUAGCCCAGGAGCAUUUGGGCAGCUUCACAAAGAGGGAGUUAAUAAACUGGAGGCUGUCUAUUUAAAAAAAGAAAAGAAAAGAAAAUUCAUCCAUCUCAUUUCAGUAGUUGCCAAAAGUGAAGAGAUGGAGAUACUGUUUUGCUUUGGUAACAAGCCAUUUUACUUUUGUUCAUUGCCUAGAAAUUGAGAUUGUCGAGUUGUUAAAAGCUGUCGAGCUAGCAGCAAACAGAAUUAUUCAACUGGAAUCUUGUAUUCCGUGCAGAAUUUAAUUUUACAAUAAGGAAAAAAAAAUUAGCUUCAGUUUGUGUUGCCGUGUGUGGAAUCUGUACACUGAAUCACAACGGGCUCCUAGAGCUUGUAGGCAAAAACAGGACUAUAUGGUAAAAAUAGUUUUUUUUUUUUUAUGGUAAAAAUACCCCAAAUUCCAGUGUAUGCGUUAGCGGUUUUCUAUAAUUUCAUAUGAACGCUGCGCCAAUGUAAAGGUUUUUUUUUUUUUAAAUCACAUUUCUUUACAAAAAAAGUCUUUUUUUAAGGCUUACAUUUUACUGUUUUUUGUUAACAACUGAGAUUUUUCGAAGAUCUUUCCGCCCCAGCCCCCGCCACGGUUUUAUCUUUUGUGUGUCGUUCCUUUCUCAUCACUGGUAGGUAGAGCUUUUGUGUGCUUGUUGUCCGACCGUCCGUGUAAGCUUCCUGUUAACUUCAACUCUUGUCCUCCUCUGGGUGAAAGAAUAGCAAAGCCCAGAUGCGGUUCCCACCCACAGAGCUGCUGGAACAGCACCUGAACGAUGAACAGGACAGCCGCAGCCUCUCCCCAGUGGACGUUUCCCCCUUUCUCACUGCAAACGUUCGAGAGCAUUUUCAAACGUGAUGGAUUUCCAUACAGCUCUCGGCUCGGACGUGACGGUGUCGCUCCCUGCCUCGGGGUGGCCCCGGUGUCGGGCGUUCACCGUCCGCCUGCUGCCCAGAUUUGCUGGAGUGAGGAGGCGUAUUUCUGAAAUGGUGGUGUCUUCAUUCCUGCCGGAAAUAGGACUUUGAAGCCUGACUAAAAAAAAAAUUUUUUUUUUUUUUUUAAAGACUGCACUUCACAACUCUCGGUAGAAUGCACGCGAUGGUGAUUUAGAGCAUUAUUCGCGCAUAGUUCCUCUGGGUGUUUUGCUCCGAAUUAUGCAAAAAUUGUAUUUUAAACAGGGAAAAAAGGUAACGUUUUCCUAACAGCGGCAACAAUUGUCCGUCCGUUCGAGGAGUUGGGGACGCGCGCUCGGCCUGCGCAGGGGCGCCAGGCUGGAGCCGGGCGGGCCCGGGUCGUCGGAGCGCGGCCCCUCGGCGACUGCCUCUGUGUUUCUCAAUAAAUCUCCCGAUUGUUUUA